AUGAUUAGGCUUAACACAAGAAUCAAUGGAGAGUCUGAGGUUGGAGUUGAAGUUGUUAAGCUUUUGAAGACUAAAGUAGUCGGAGAAAUCAGAUGGCCUUUCAAAGAAGAAGUCUUGAACCCAAGCAUGUAUACUCGCAAGAACAAACAAGCCAUGGAUCAUGUCGUUGAUCCUGGCAUGAGCUUCGGAAAUAUUAUGAAAGAAGUUCAGCGGUUUGGUAACAACACUCUCUCCUUUCUCUCUUGCUCCACAUUUGAUAAUAAAGCUUUGGAGAAUCAGAAAGUCACUGAACUUGGUGGAAAGCCUCAAAAGAAACAGAGGCUACCCCUCAGUGUAGCGCGAUUUGGUGGUACAAAUACGAAGAAACCCGUAGAGAAGAAGCGCAACCCAGAGGAGAGAGUGCUGGGUGGUAUUCUUGAUGUUAAGGAUUUACUACGUUCUGGUGGCUCUUCAAGUAGUGGCGAAGAUUACAACUUCGGUAAGAACAAGAGCAAGUCCAAAGGCAUGGGAGGAGACCUAGGAGGAGGAGGUGGAGACAUCAAGAAGAAAUGA